AUGGCUGGAAACGACGAUGAAGUUGACUAUUACAAAAGUUUGGAAAUAAAACCAUACAUUGGGGCUAUUAUUCUAGUUUUGACAUCAUUUUUUUUCGGAAUUGUUGGAAAUGUGCACGUUCUUUUCGUGUAUACGUUUCGAAUGAAAGCAACGAGCCACAGAAUAUUUAUCAUAGCUUUGGCAGUGCUAGAUUUGAUGUCUUGUACUGUGGGCAUGCCUUUUGCAGCAGCAGAUAUGUUUCACAGGUAUGCAUUCAACGCACAAAUAGCGUGUAGGAUAUUGCGGUUCUUUAUGUAUUUCGUUGGCGGGUCUCUUCAGGAUUUCUUCUUUUACCUAUUGCAGUUGAUAGGGUAUUUUCUCAUCUUCAGAUACCUGAAGACAUGCAGACCGUUUGGAGAGCAGAUAAAUCCAUACAGAGCAAAGUUAUUAUGCGCAGUUGUUUUGAUAUUUUGUGUACUCUCAUUUUGGCCGAUUCCAGUUCUCUAUGGCCACAGCACCAAGAAAAUGCCAAACACAAAUAUUACGGGCGUUACAUGUUACAUUGACGAUGCCUUCAAAGACACUUAUUACCUGGCAUAUUGGAACGGUAAAGGGAAGGGUAAAAUGGGGAAUGAAGAAUUGAAGAAAUUUACUGUGAACAGUGAAACUGUGAAAACGAAUCUUGGUUCCGGAGAAACCUGUUUGAAUACUGAAAUCGAAUCACAUGGCAUUAUGUCUGGAAAAGAAAGUUCAGCAACUAACAUUGAAACAGGUGUUGCAUUGAACAUUAGCAACAUUGACGUUGACGUUCAUGUCGAAAAGAAUAAAUAUGAAAAAACGUACAAUAACAGUUCAGAGCAGACAACAGAUAAUCGAGAGAAUUCCCGCAAACAAAGAGAGGCUUUGCGAAACCUAAUGAGGUCUAAAAGAACAACUAAAAUUUUUUUUACCAUCACAGUUUUGUAUUUUGUUACAUUUAUACCACACCUUAUCCUUCAGGUUAUUGCACUUACCCAAAAUAAUUUUGUUGCCAGGUUAUCCCUUGCUGGACAGACUAUUUACCACAUCUUGACUUAUAGUUCCUUUCUCAGUAGUAUGGUUAAUAGCUACGUCUAUGGAUUCUUUGAUACCAUGUUUAGGGAUGAGAAACACACGUAUUCAAAUGUUAACAAUAUGUGUUACUUACUCACUUAA